AACUUUAAAUGUUCUUCAUUCGAAACAUUUUCUUUAAAACAGAUUUGCACAGAUUUUUAAACAGGCAGCGCACAGAUUUCAAGAAAUACGACCUGGUAUCCCUGUUUCACAGCGUCCAAAGCAGCCCCCUGCUAGGCAGCCAUUUUAUCCUAGCCAACAUCUGCCUUUGUUAAAAUCAAAACAACCCAAUGCUAAUGCACGGGCGACGUGGGCCUAAAUGCAGCUAGGCCCAUCAUAUGUUGACUACUGUCAAAGUCCGUAUAUCUCCAUAGCGAAUGACAGGAGUGACACCCUCCUGGUCCAAAGCGAAACAAUUAGGCUGUGCACGCAGGCGAAGUCGACAUGGAUAUUGCGCACUUCCCACCAACCUGGACUCCGCACUUUCGAAGUGCGAGUGAUCAAACUGCUACUGAAAACUGCGAGCUGUCAAAUCACAUGUAUUUCAAGUGAUAGAGAUGGAAUUUUCAUGGACAGACCAGUCGAGCUAACCAGUCUAUGAGAAGAAUUCAAUAGAAGAAUACUGCAACGCUACAUUGCUUUCCGAUCUACGUCAUCAAUAACACCAGUAACAUCAGGCCCGCAAUUAAAUUGGCUAGGAAAUAAAAAGUGAAGUUAUUAUUUUGAAAACACUUAAACAUGAAAAAAAUCACGAGACAACAUAAACCGGUACUGCGUAUGCGACCUACUGCAUCAAAAUCAAGCAAAAAAGAAUCUUUAACAAAAAACAAGGAAACUCUUUUGGAACCACAGCCUAACAGACCAAAUCUGCACAUAGCUACAAAGUCAGACGAAAAAAAUAUAAUAGAUGAAUUCCGUGGCGACAUAAAUGAACAACGCAUCAGAGGUGUGACGAACCUGAAAAGAGUUCAAAAUUCGCUUAAUGCAGCUAUUACGACCAAAGUGAGCAACAGAAAGCUGAAACAACAAAAUUUUACAAUUUCUUCUCCUCCCGUCGCACGCAAACUAAAAGGUAUAGAAGCGAACGAUCCAAAAACUCCUGCAGUGCGUGAUAGGACGCGUACAAGAACAUUAAAGCCAGAGGAAAUCACUGCAAGCAACAAUGUUCCAAAAAUUCCUGAUGUUACUAUGACUACCAAAGUAAAAUCGCCUAUAUCAUUUGAUAUACCCUCACGAGAAAUCCAAUCAAAGACUUUAGUGAGUGCCAAGAAAGCGGAAGAUGAUAAUAAUAACGGUGACGAAAACGAACACUACGAAUCAGAGUUUGAGUCAUAUGAGUCAGAUUUUGAAUCUGGAUCCUCAAAAGACUCCAUAUGUUCUUCGCGAUCGUCGGAAUCAUCAGAAGGAUCAAACACAUCAAGAUUGCAAUCUGCUUCCUCGUGUUCCAACACUGAUGGUUUUGAGAAAGAAGCAAAAAAAACACAACAUAAUGGCGAGCAAAAACUUGACUCUGGAAACUACGAUAUGAAGAUGAAACAAGCACUAACGCCGAAAGAUAAUCUUCAUAUCGAUUCAAUCUUUAAACAAAUGGACAAUCAACCUGAUUCCGGUAUGAAUAGCGGUUUGUUUGAUACCACAGUAAAUAGAGAGAAACUUCUGUUGAAACGACACGCAGACAUUUUGGAUAAAGUCUCGUUCAAUACUAUGCACUUCGAUGUGUUCGAAGAACAACCUGCGCCAUAUGAAUAUUUUGUGAAAAAUUACGGCAAAGUUCGGGGAGUACAAAAUUACAGUCAAACUGAAGCUGAAACCAUGUCAGCCAACACACAAACUGAACAAAUUUUAUAUAAGUCAUGUUGGGUUCAAAAUCCACCACAGUUCUCCAAAGAAACUUUGCAGAACAUGGCAGUUAACCAAAAAAUGUACAUUGAAGAAAAGUUAGGUAUUGGACAGGAAGGUGUAUAUACUACAAACCAGAUAACAUGCCAAAAAGAUAUUUUGAAUGAAUUUAUUCGAAAUCUUGUACAAAAACCAGAUAAAGCUGCCAUAAGGCAUCAGGCAAUAAAUGUCACAACUGAUAUAAAUAGGUUGCGAUAUUUUUUGCAAUCUUCGUGUAUAACUGUGGAAACAGCAAUAAACAAAAAAAUCAAGAAAAUGCCACAAGAUGUCACAAAUAAAAAGAUAAAAUUCAAUGAUUACAAACUCUUAAGCGACAGCGUAAUACUAUCCGGACAUAUGGACUCCAACCAACAUCACACGUUAAUUACGACUCACGAGUGUCACGUGGGAGCUAAUCAUCAUAGGUAUGUUAUCUGUGUUUGGAAUACAAGAAACUUCAUCCAGCCUGAGUCCGUACUAACAUGCUGGGAAAAUGUAACGUGUUCAGAGCGAAGAGGACCGAUAUUCAUCGGAGGAACUGCCAAUGGGACAUUAUGCCUUUGGGAUAUACUAGAACGUGAUGCAGGAGUAGUGCCAUUCCAGAUCACCAGUUCCGCAGUAUCUACGAUUACAAACAUACAUCAUUGUGGAGGAGUUGUAGCUAUAAAAUCAAUUGGUCACUCAAAUCGACUCAAAAUUCAACAAGUUCUAACACUGUUUGAAACAGGUUUACUCAUAACAUGGACAAUAUCAUUGGUAGACCAACACGUUAAUGAGAAAGACCAGCAAAACCUCAAUACAAUUUUUCAUGGAGCGAGAUUUCUACUCAUUCAACAAAAUGUCUUAAAUUUAAGUGGAUUAUCACGACGAUCGGCUAGAGCACCUAGUUUGCAAACACAAACGCAGCAUUUUAAAACGGGUAGUCUGGAAAACCUUCUACAUGAUAACAAUAUAGUUGACUAUCCAACGAGUUCUGAAUUGACGAUAUUCAACGACAUGCUAAUCUUCGAAAAUAAAGCAAUCAUUUCAACUAAUCGACGAAUCAUAGUGGUCAACCACAUUGAUUCAAAUAUUUCAAUGAUACUGGAAAAUGGCUGCAAGGACUCGACGUCGCUUUCGGGAAUGAUUUGA